CAAAAGUUGGCGCAUGCUAGUGCGAGUCGAGUUUGUUAAACACACAGUAGUGACAACGUGUGCUGCUUUAGCGUUAUGGAGCUUGGAAUAGGAAGUGAUGAUGACUUAUUUUCUGAAGAAAAAGAUACAACCUUCAAAGAGAAAAGUGGAUGGAUUGCAAAACAAUGUGAAUCGGAGUGGUUCAUGGAAGACGUCGUUGACAAAAGCAGUAACUCUUCCGAAGAAACUCAGCUCAUCUCCUACAAAGCUGAUCGUUUGUACAGUAAGAAGCAAUUCAAUGGAGCACUCGCAGCCUAUAAGAGGGCCAUACGAAUGGUUGCCUCUCGUUACGUCUUGCUCCGACGCAUACUGAUAGAGGGCGCUUCAAGGAGCAGUAUGUAUAUACAAGAUCAUGAGCAGGCAUUGCACUUUGCAGAAAUGCUGUUUGAGGAGUCUUUAACCCUGGAACAUCGGAUGAUGGCACACAGUCUGUUAGCUUCAGUUCAUGCUGCGGCAGGGAACCAUUCGGAUUCUAUAAAAAGUCUACAUUUUUGCAUCCAGUGGCAGCGUUCCAAUGUCCAGUUCUGGUUGAAGUUAGCAAACGCAUACAGCGCCCUCUAUAGUCAAUCCAGUCAUGAGGACAACAAUAGGCACGCUCAGAGUGGUUUAAUCAACGGUGUAGCUACGGAUGGUCUCAGUGGCUCUAAACCGACACUCGGUCCUUUUCAAGAAGGUGCUUCGAGAAACAGUGCUCAGACAAGAAACUUGACUUUAAAAGAAUCUGAAGCGAACUCCGGAAACAGUACCGCCGAGAGUUUACAAAAUAAUCCACAGCAAUGUUAUGAAGGUGAAGUGUUUAAUAAGGGAGAACAAGAAGAGAGUGGGAUGAAAGAUUUAACAGGGGAUGGCGCUCCUAGUCUCGGCACUAUUGUGGAAUCAUCAAACAAAGACCAUUCAGGGGUGCAUGAUAACCCGUCCAGCGUCAGUGACUUAUUAAAUGUAUUCGACAGACUUGCUAUGGACCCUGAUGAUGCAAAACUGAGUAGUGAAACCAUGGUGCGGAAUUUAACGUGCAGUGACUUUCAACCUCUUUUGUAUGCUGGGAGUUGUCUACUUCGAGCUAGGUUGCUGUUAAAAUCAGUUGAGCACUCGGUCAAUUCCUUUGCUAUAGUCAAGAAUAGUCAACUUCAGAAACAGGUAGACGAGCGCUUGGCCGUUCUGAACAUCAACCACACCCUUCUUGAAGUUCUACACAACCAUGCAAGACAUAUCUUCCGAAAGGGUUAUAAGAAGCUGGAUGGAGAUGCAUGUGGAGACGAUAAAGAGGAGGAUGCUACGAUAGACGAGAGCAGUUUGUCCUCUGAGCUUUUUGAGAAGAGAUGGUUCCAAUGGGUUAAUAGUUGAUGUUAGAGGAAAGGGUUAAACAACCUUUGGGAUGAUUCUAACGCCCACCCUGAAAGUAUUGGCUCGCUUCCAGCUUGUGUUUCAAGCCUGGAGUUUCAUCUUUGAGAGGGCAAGGCCAUUUUCAUUUUGCAAAGGGCACUUCCACUUGAAGGGGCCCCCCAAGGCCAAGACGAGGGGCAAUUGAGGCCAUGACCACUGUGUAAUUCCAGGCCUGCUGUUUGUAGCUCCAUCCACCUGGCGCCAAUUUCAUAAAGCUGUUAAAGCCAUUAUACACUUUCGGUAAACAGUUAUUGUCCAAGGCCCACACU